GGGACCGGCCCCCGGAGAAGCAGCCAGCCGACGGGAGGAUGCGGACGGCCUCGUAGGGAGCGGGGCCAUGCCCCGGGGGGCCAGGCUGCGCACACGGCAAUGCUAUGAGUCCAGAAGUCCUGAAAAUAGUGUGGGUACAGAGUACAGGUAAUGGACGACUCUACCACCAAACCCUCCACCAAGGUAUCCCAGCAUUGACCAAGAGAUGCCAACUGAGAGGUUCGAGUGAGGGGUUCAGCGUGGCAGAGAAGAUCGCACUGCUCACCUUUAUCUCGGCGGUUAUACUCAUGGCCAUCCUGGGGAACUUGCUGGUGAUGGUGGCAGUAUGCAGAGACAGGCAGCUCAGGAAAAUCAAGACCAAUUAUUUCAUUGUCUCACUUGCCUUUGCGGACCUGCUGGUGUCGGUGCUGGUGAUGCCCUUUGGAGCUAUUGAGCUGGUUCAGGAUAACUGGAUUUAUGGAGAGAUGUUCUGCCUGGUCCGAACAUCUCUAGAUGUCCUGCUCACCACAGCAUCAAUCCUUCACCUGUGCUGUAUCUCCCUAGACAGGUACUAUGCUAUCUGCUGCCAGCCUCUGGUUUACAGGAAUAAGAUGACACCACUGCGCAUUGCUCUAAUGCUCGGAGGGUGCUGGACUAUCCCGACAUUUAUUUCUUUUCUCCCUAUAAUGCAAGGCUGGAAUAGCAUUGGUAUAUUAGACUUGAUACAACAAAGACAGUUCAACAAGGCUUCCAACUCAACCUACUGCGUAUUCCUGGUCAACAAACCCUACGCCAUCACCUGCUCAGUGGUGGCCUUCUACAUUCCAUUCCUCUUGAUGGUGCUGGCCUACUACCGGAUCUACAUCACAGCCAGGGAGCACGCUCGCCAGAUCCGGAUCCUCCAGCGUGCAGGGGCGCCCACAGAGGGGAGACACCACCCCGACCAGCAUAGCACUCACCGUAUGAAGACUGAGACCAAAGCUGCCAAGACCCUGUGUAUCAUCAUGGGGUGCUUCUGUCUGUGCUGGGCCCCGUUCUUUAUCACUAAUGUCGUGGACCCGUUCAUAAAUUAUACUGUACCUGAGCAGCUGUGGACAGCUUUCCUGUGGUUGGGCUACAUCAAUUCAGGGUUGAACCCCUUCCUGUAUGCCUUCCUGAACAAGUCUUUCAGACGUGCCUUCCUCAUCAUUCUGUGCUGUGGGGACGAACGCUACCGAAGGCCUUCCAUCUUGGGGCAAACUGUCCCCUGUUCCACCACCACUAUCAAUGGAUCAACACAUGUGCUAAGGUACACAGUUUUACAUAAUGGGCAUCAUCAGGAACACGAGAAGCUUCCCAUCCACAAUGACCCAGAAUCCCAGGAGUCCUGUUUCUAAUGAAGACCCUGGCAGAGGAACCACACACCUGCACACCAGAUGAUUUUGGGGCAGCAGGACUCUAAUGCAAGCUCAUUUGUCUGCAUUUCCCUGGUGCCUCCUGUAUUGAUUUGAUAGGAAUGGCUAACAGCAUGAAUAUGGUGACUGAUGAGGCCGAGGAGGAGACGCAAUGUGCAGAACAAUUGAGGAGACCUCUCUGCUGCUGCAGGAGGAUGUCUGGACUUUAUUAACGCAGCAGGGCCUUAAUGUCAGUGCUUUACAGAGGUGUGCAGACUUCCAUCCCUGUACACAAAGAGCACACAUGCAAGCCCUUGCACACACAUACCCACACUAAGAUUGAUGGUUUUUCGCCAGCUGCCAUUUUUUGCUGCAUGCCGCCUCUUUGUUUUGUGGCCACAAUAUUGUGAUUUUAAAGAUUUCAAAGUCUGACUUGAAACUGUAACGCUGAACGGCAGUAAAUGCCUCCUUUGUCUGCUCAAGGUCACACCUACGCCUAACAUGGUGCUGUCAGGAGAGACGUAGUGCUUAUAUUUUCUUUCUGAAAAGAAAAGGAAUUCUUUUCCUUCUGAGUUAUCUUCAAUGGUGAGAUCUAUCAGUGUGAGCUGACAGUUCCCCCUGUUCCGCACAAUAUCAAGGGAAACAGUGUUUUCCUGUAGAUACUUUCCAGUGAGGGUCCUGACCAAGAUCUCUGGUAAAAGAGCCAAUGAGCAAAAAUAGCCCAUGAGGAUCUAAAAUGCAGCCCACAGACAUAUAUAAUCUUUGAUAUGGAGACAUGGCCCACAGAGACUGCAAGUCCCAGCAAGUGCUGCUCUACAGUAGCCAGAAGACAGUAGUCGCAGUCUGCCCCAUUUUCUACCGAUUAGAUGCAGUAGUUCUUAUUUGGGCAAACUUUGGGCAUCCCGCCUGUAAAAGAAAGGUUGAUCAAGAGACAAAGUCCUUAGGGAAUAUCAGUCUGUAAUAGCUCACUAAGUGCCAUGUUGAUAAAUAUAUGUCAUCUAAAGAGCUUUUCUAGCUACAGUUGGAAGACAAACUCCUACUUGGGUGUUUUGCUUUUUCUUCCCUCCCCUCCCCCACUCCACCUGUGAGGCUUAAAAAAAACAAGCUUCAGAACUUUCAAAUGUUGCCCUAUGCAUCUGUCCUUUGACAGUAAUCUCAUAUCCUAGCUACUUCCUGCAUGCAGAUAUUACUACAUUCCUUGUAGGCAGCUUCCUCCUUUGCAUGUAAAUGACAGGUAACGCUGUAGAUCUAGGAACCCUGGGAGUCUGAUUUUCGUGCAGUGGGAAAUACGCAGGUUCUACACUGUGGGCCUGUAACCAUCUUAGAUGAAGAUCUAACCCAAAGAUGACGGCCUUAGCCUGGAAAACAGAAAUGUAUUUUGUUACAUUGUGUAAUCAUGUAUAGAUUUUUUUUUAAUGUAAAGAAAAAAAGUUGACAUUAUUUAUUAUUAUUUUUAAAAAGAAGUGUUUUUUCCAUUCUAAGCUUCUAAAACAUGGGAGUUUAACAUAUAAAUAUAAAUAUUAUUUUAUUAAAUGUUCUGUUGCUAUGUGACAGGUAUCUACUGUAAAAACAACCUGCUUUGAACAAAGAAAAAGUACUGCUGAGAAAGAGGAUUUUGUGCAUGAUAACAGCAAGCAGGUUUCCAACCAGGGUGUCUGAUUAUCCUUGACUUCUGUGAAAUGUUCUUUGAACUUGGAAAAACUCCAUGCUAAAGUUUCUCAUCCUUUUCUUUUAAAAAUCAUUAGUGCACUGGCCAGGAACAGCCCUAAUUAGAUGAAAUGGUAGAGCCAAAUAAUUUUAAUUUAGAAAACCCAAAGAGGUUAGCAGCAGGCACAAAGCUGUUGGCUUUGACACUUCAUAUUUUACUAUGGGCACUGGCAGUAAAUAUAAGAUGUUCUAAGAAAGCGUGUGAGAGACACAAUUUGAGAUAAAUACUGGUUCAUCACAAAGGCCCAGUUCGGUAAUCACAUGCUUGUGUAGGGGUGGCUUUUCAAAAGUGCUCAGGAUUGGCCUAAUUCUACUCCCAUUGAAGUCAAUGAUACAACUUCCAUUGACUUCAAUGAGAGAAGUGUUAGGCCACUGCUGAGUGCUUUUGAGAAGACCAUCCCCAAGCAACUUUACUCCUGUGAUUUAGUUCUCAGUGGACCUAUUCGUGUGAAUGGUGUUUGCAGGACUCAGUUCUGUGACAGUAGCCCAAGUAGUGGUGGAACCCUGCAUUCAUCCUCAGUGGCAACAGGGUCGGCUCCAGCUAUUUUGCCGCCCCAAGCAGCGAAGCGGGGAAAAAAAAAAGAUAAAGCCGUGAUCGGCAGCACUUUGGCAGAAGCUCUACCACACCGCUUCAUUCUUCGGGGCAAUUCGGCAGCGGGUCCUUCCCUCCGAGAGGGAGUGAGGGACCUGCCACUGAACUGCUGCCGAAGACCUGGACAUGCCGCCUCUUUCCUUUGGCCGUCCCAAGCACCUGCUUCCUUUGCAGGUGCCUGGAGCUGGCCCUGAGUGGCAAACAAACAAAACAAAAAAAAUCCAACCAACCAAACAAAAACCAAGUAAACCUUUUUCUCUUUCCCCAUAAAAAGGCACUGAAAAAGAUCAGUGGAAGAUUUUUGUGAGUGAGAUGAGACCAUUAGCAUGGUGACAUGUGCAAUGGAGUUUCAUUUUUCCUUCUUUUGCUCUCGGAGUGUUAUUUUUUUCUAAUGUAUUCUAAUGUGCUUUAACAGUAUAUCUCAUCUUAAUUUAAAAUAAAAUCCUGAACACUGUCUUACUCAUGGCAAAUGUCCAAGGGGGUUCUCAAUGGGACAUUUGAUUCAUGAGCCAAAAUAAUCAGCUGCUCUGAAACAAAAAUUACUCCUGUUCUAAAACCUCUUAGUACAUUUAGGAAACGUAAGUGUCCAUGAUCUGUGUCAUUUCUGGCCAAUGACUGGUUGGUACCAAAGUGCAAGAGGUUUCAUGUAAGUUAACCUGUCACUAGCCAGCUGGCAGCUAUUAUUUUAUAACUACUCAAUAGUUUCAGCAACUCUUCUGUAGUCGAAGUAAAUCAUAUUUUCAAACACCAAAGCAAUCUAGUGCUUCUCUGAAGAACAGGGGGUCUCAAUCCUUGUUUUUUAACUUCUCUGACAUUUCAGUUGCUGCUCAUUGAUUGACUUCAGUGG